UCCCCAUCAACUUAUAUUUAAUACCCUACCUUUGGCUCAAAAACCCUAAUUUGCUGCAAGAGAGCCGGAGCAGGACUGGCAUUCUUCGGUUGUAGCGAAGAUGAAGUUCAACAUUGCAAAUCCCACUACUGGGUGCCAGAAAAAGCUCGAAAUCGAUGACGAUGCCAAACUCCGAGCAUUUUGGGACAAGAGGAUCUCCCAAGAAGUUAGUGGAGAUGCACUUGGUGAGGAGUUCAAUGGUUAUGUUUUCAAAAUAAUGGGGGGUUGCGACAAGCAAGGUUUUCCAAUGAAGCAAGGUGUUUUGACCCCUGGUCGUGUUCGUCUUUUGCUCCACAGAGGUACUCCUUGUUUCCGUGGGCAUGGUAGGAGGAAUGGAGAGAGAAGAAGGAAGUCUGUCCGGGGUUGCAUUGUCAGUCCAGACCUCUCUGUUUUGAAUUUGGUGAUUGUCAAGAAGGGUGAGAAUGAUCUACCUGGCUUGACAGAUAUUGAGAAGCCAAGGAUGCGAGGUCCAAAAAGGGCAUCCAAGAUCCGGAAGCUCUUCAACCUCUCCAAGGAUGACGAUGUUCGGAAGUAUGUUAACACUUACCGCAGGACCUUCACAACUAAAUCUGGUAAAAAAUGCAGUAAAGCCCCCAAAAUCCAGAGGCUAGUCACCCCCUUGACUCUACAAAGGAAGCGAGGAAGGAUCGCUGAAAAGAAGAAGAGAAUUGCCAAGGCCAAGUCUGAAGCAGCCGAGUAUCAGAAGCUUCUUGCAUCACGUUUGAAGGAACAACGGGAACGCCGCAGUGAGAGCUUAGCAAAGAGAAGAUCCAAACUCUCUGGUGCCUCCAAGCCUUCUACCGCUGCUUAGAUCUAGUUCUCCGGAAUUUUGUCCCGAGUUAGUUGAGCAUUUAGCGUCCAUGGAUCAAGGAAAUUUUGUUUGUGGGCUAUCAUAGGAGAUCGAUUUGAUCAUUUACUUCAAUUUUGGGUUUGCUUGUUCGACUUUGUGACAUUUUAUUAUUCUAAAGGUUAAUAGACUUAUUCCGUGAAUUGAGUUAUAUUUGUUAUAGACUUCUCCGACUGAAAUAUAGUGUUCUUUAAAUUUUGAAUA